CGCCGGGUGUUACUCCGCCCCGCCCGCGCGGCGGUAGGUGCUCUGUCACCUCCCGGUCUGGCUAUGGCCCCGGCCCGUGGUUUGUGAAUCAGCCAGCAAAGCUCCCGGCGCAGCCCUUGUCCUGAUGGCGGCGGCAGCGGCGGCCCUAGCAGCCGCCGAUCCCCCUCCCGCUAUGUCGCAGGCGGCCGGAGCCGGAGGGACCACUGCCCGCCGAGACUUCUACUGGCUGCGCUCCUUCCUGGCCGGAGGUAUUGCUGGAUGCUGUGCCAAAACAACAGUUGCUCCUUUGGAUCGAGUGAAGGUUUUAUUACAAGCUCACAAUCACCAUUACAAACAUUUAGGAGUAUUUUCUACAUUGUGUGCUGUUCCCCAAAAGGAGGGAUACCUUGGAUUGUAUAAAGGGAAUGGUGCAAUGAUGAUUCGAAUCUUUCCCUAUGGUGCAAUCCAGUUUAUGGCAUUUGAGCAUUAUAAAACGUUAAUUACCACAAAGCUGGGAAUUUCUGGUCAUGUGCACAGAUUAAUGGCUGGAUCCAUGGCAGGUGAAGAUAUUCUGCUCUUUAUAUUGGAUUGUAGUUGUAAAAUGGGGAAACAGGAAAACUAUCACCACCACUAUUUGAGCCUCUUGAAGCCCUUAAGAAGACAAUUAGAAGACUUGGAACAUGUGAGAAGGAGAGGAGGAAUAAAUGGAACCAGAGAGAGCAAAUUGGAGAGGCAAGAUCAAAGUGACCCAGAUGAGGGAAGAGAAAAAAAAAAAACAGGAGUUGUAAAAAUUUACGGAAGUUGUAGAAAUAAAAUGGAUAGUUGGGAAAAUCCUAAUGUGUGCCCGGUGGGUACUCAGAUCCAGCAAUUUUCCAUGAAGGGGAUGGGCACUCCAGAUGUAUACAUUGACACUGGGCACAACAAAGCCAUCUGGGCCAAAGAAGAAGGAGUGUCCCAUCCUGAAGGCGGUUUCCUUGGAUUUUACAGAGGCCUGAUGCCUACUAUAUUAGGAAUGGCUCCAUAUGCAGGUGUUUCAUUUUUUACUUUUGGCACCUUAAAGAGUGUUGGGCUUUCCUAUGCUCCUACCCUUCUUGGAAGACCUUCAUCAGACAAUCCUAAUGUCUUAGUUUUGAAAACCCACAUAAACUUACUUUGUGGUGGUGUCGCUGGAGCAAUAGCACAGACAAUAUCCUACCCAUUUGAUGUAACUCGUCGACGAAUGCAAUUAGGGACUGUUCUUCCAGAAUUUGAGAAGUGCCUUACCAUGUGGGAGACUAUGAAGUAUGUCUAUGGACAACAUGGAAUUCGGAAAGGAUUAUAUCGUGGUUUAUCUCUUAACUACAUUCGCUGCAUUCCCUCUCAAGCAGUGGCAUUUACAACAUAUGAACUUAUGAAGCAGUUUUUUCACCUCAACUAAAAAAAAAUUGUGAUUUGUUUUCCUUCAUUAACCUUCAGAGGGAAAAAUAAAAUAUUACUUUGAUUUGGGGGGAACAUUACUUGAAGGGGCUAUUUGUCCUAUCACAGGAAACACUGGUAUUUUAGUACUUGAUUUUUUUAUUCUUAAGAAAUCAAAAGUGCUUACUAUGCUUUUUGAUGCGAAAAGUUAUACCUUAGAACACUGAAAAAAAUCCCUAAGCUGAUGCUGGGUAAUCAUUUAGAUUAUCUGAAACCAUUUUUUUAAAAAUAUGUUCCUUGGAAGUAGAACUGAUUUAAAAUGGGAUUCAAGAUGUUACCAUUAGCUUUAUCAUGCUGUUCCAAGCUUUUAAUUGUAAUUAUGGUUUUCAAAGACUCUAACAUUAGUUAUUAUUGUAAUAAACAGGCUUGGUUGUAUUACAGCAGAAUGAUGAAAACUGAAUUUUUAAGUUAUAUAAAACAUAGCUUAGAGGCCAGUAUGAAGAUGAUUCUUAUUGUCUCUCUUCUCUCAAUUCUGCUUCACUGGAUAAUAGGACAAACUUUUUCAUUUAAUUUUUUGAAUAAAAUAAAUGUAUUUGAAAAUUAGCCUUGUAGAUACUCAACAAUAAGUAAAGAAUUUUCAGGUUUGCUUAAAUGUUAUCACUUGGUUCUAUGACUCAUUAAAUGUGUUUUUAAAAGUCAUUGUAUUUCCCAAAGUCAGUAAUAAGAAGUACUGAAUAUCUUUGUUUUCAAAACAGGUUAACAUUAUAGAUUUGCUUUUGUUAGGUGAUUUGGUAUAUGCUAGAAAAUGUAUCUACAUGGAUUGUAAAAUAUCCAUUAAUAUAGAUGUGAAUGUCAAAUAUUUCUAAGGUAUUGUGUCAUGAUACAUCAACUAGUUCUUCCAUAUAAAAUAAUUCUAGUGCAUAUAAGCUUAAAUAGAAAUGUAAAACAUGAUUUGAAUUGCUAUCUUUCAUAUUAAAAUGGUUUAAAAUGUAA